UUGGGACGCGGCCGCGGUCAGACACACAGGGAGUUGGCGACUCGGCCCUAAGUUUUUUUUUUCCACCGGACCGAGCAGACAAAAGUUAAAGGUUUUAGUGCGUUUUGUUUUUCCUGUGUGUUUAUUUUAACCUCGAGUUUUUCUCUCGGGGGUUGGAAUAAAAUGCGGGUGUGUCGGUGAGUCGAAAGGUCCUGUAAAGAUCCAGUCUGGUGAGUUGAGCCGUGUUCCGGUCUCGUGAUCCAGUCGCACUCUCCUCACCACCAUGUCUUAACACCCCACCCUCUCCUUUAAAAGCCCCACCCUUCCUCCCUCCCCACCCUCUCCCCUUUCUUCCCCUUCCUCACCUUCAUCUUCUCCCAGUUACACUUGCAUACAGAGAGAUGAGUGUGAAUCAUCACCAGACCCCAGACUCGGAGCGGGAGCUUCCUUCCUCCUCCAGAAAGACACCUAAAAAGCGGGGCAUCUCGCUCCGGUCUCUUUUUCGAAGACACCGCUUGGACCCCAAGUCUCGCAAAUCACGAGCGCUGGCUGCCGGCGUGGACGGCAUCGCUAGUGUCGAGAGCGUCGUCCAGUCGGAAAUGCAACAACCGCCGCAGCAGCAGCAGGAAGUAGCGUCCACGUCCACGCCGUCCUCCACGUCUUCCGAGUUCCUGGAAUGUCCCCUGUGCCUGCUGCGUCACGCUCGAGACCGCUUCCCUGACAUCAUGACGUGUCACCAUCGCUCGUGCGCCGACUGUCUGAGGCAGUACCUACGCAUCGAGAUCUCGGAGAGCCGCGUGAACAUCAGCUGCCCCGAGUGCUCUGAGCGCUUCAACCCCCACGACAUACGCAUGAUCCUCGGAGACCGCGCCCUCAUGGAGAAGUACGAGGAGUUCAUGCUCCGGAGGUGGCUCGCUGCUGACCCAGACUGUCGCUGGUGCCCCGCCCCCGACUGCGGGUAUGCAGUGAUAGCGUUCGGCUGUGCAAGCUGCCCGAAGAUUACGUGCGGGCGCGAGGGAUGUGGGACAGAGUUCUGUUAUCACUGUAAGCAGCUGUGGCAUCCAAACCAGACGUGUGACGCAGCGAGACAGCAACGAGCACAGAGUCUGAGACUGAGACCUUUCAGAUCCUCCUCCCUCAGCUACAGCCAGGAGAGCGGUGCUGCGGACGAUAUAAAGCCCUGCCCCCGCUGCGCUGCUUACAUCAUCAAGAUGAACGACGGGAGCUGUAACCACAUGACCUGCGCUGUGUGCGGCUGUGAGUUCUGCUGGCUUUGCAUGAAGGAGAUCUCUGACCUGCACUACUUAAGUCCUUCAGGCUGCACGUUCUGGGGUAAAAAACCGUGGAGUCGGAAGAAGAAGAUCCUGUGGCAGUUGGGCACGCUGGUCGGAGCGCCCAUCGGCAUCGCGCUGAUCGCCGGCAUCGCCAUCCCGGCUAUGAUCAUCGGGAUUCCCGUGUACGUGGGCAGGAAGAUCCACAGCCGCUACGAGGGAAAGGAAAUCUCCAAGCACAAGAGGAACCUGGUGAUCGCCGGCGGAGUCACGCUGUCCGUCAUCGUCUCGCCUGUGGUCGCCGCGGUAACCGUCGGUAUCGGCGUGCCCAUCAUGCUGGCUUAUGUCUAUGGUGUGGUUCCGAUCUCUCUGUGCCGCAGUGGAGGCUGCGGCGUGUCGGCGGGGAACGGAAAAGGAGUGCGAAUCGAAUUCGACGACGAAAACGACAUGAACGUGGGUGGAGGUGCGGUGGUGACCGACAGUACAUCGGUGGCCGAGACGAGGCAGAACACGAGUAUCGGAGGCAGUGUUGGUGGGCUGACGGGCAGUCUGAGUGCCAGCGGGAGUCACAUGGAGCGAAUCGGAGCCAUGAGGGACAACGUGAGCGAAAACGCCAGCACCAUGGCGCUCACAGGAAGUCUGUCGGGCAGCACCGUGGGCCACUGCUUCAACAGGUUGGAGGUUCAGGCUGAUGUACAGAAAGAGCGCUGCAGUUUGAGCGGAGAGUCCGGCACGGUCAGUCUGGGGACAAUCAGUGACAACGCAAGCACCAAAGCCAUGGCUGGAUCUAUCCUCAACGCCUACAUGCCUCUAGACAGAGAGGGCAGCAGUAUGGAGGUGCAGGUGGAUGUGGAGUCUAAACUAGGGAAGCUGCGACACCACAGCGGGAGCAGCAGCAUGGAGGAGGGCAGCACAGGGGGCCGCGGCGUCUGCCCCUUCACUUGCCCCCACGAGAGCAAAUACGGCUCGGGAAAGAAAAGCAAAGGAAAGACGCGCAAGAAGACGGGCAGCACCAAGAUCAACGAGACCCGUGAGGACAUGGACGCACAGCUGCUGGAGCAGCGCAGCACAAACUCGAGCGAGUUCGACUCUCCGUCUCUGAGCGGCAGCCUGCCCUCCGUCGCCGACUCGCACUGCAGCCACUUUUCUGAGUUCAGCUGCUCCGACCUCGACGGCUCUCGACCCCCAAACGCUAUCAGCCCUCUUCCAGAGGUGGAGAACGACAGGCUGGAGAACGGCCCCUCCCCCCGGGCGCUCUGCUCCGCCCCCCUCAGCCCAGAGAGCCCUCCUAAAGAACGCAAUAACAACGUGGCCCCUCAGCCGAGCCCCCCGGCGCGCAACGUCUGUAUUCAAACUGAGAUUUAGCGCUCGAGCUAACACAACGCUAGCUUUCGACCCUAACCUGAGGUUGCACAUGCACCUGCGCACACACACACACACACACACACACACACACACACACACACACACACACUUACACUUACUGGUUUCAUAUUACGAUAAAAAUAUCGAAAAGAACUCUCCAAGUCUUCACUUAGUCGUUUUCAGGUGUGAUGAUGAUGAUGAUGAUGAUGAUGAUGAUGAUGACAGGAUGUGACUUGAGCAGUUUAUAAACUAGGUUUGACGUGCAGGUGUUACAGCAGGUGACCCGACAGAUGCGGAUGUGAUGAUGAUGAUGAUGUAGCUGUCGAUCACUCGACGCCUCUGUAUCGGCUGAGGGUUUUGUCUGAGCCUCGUCUGUGUCCUGAGCGUGUGCCGGUAUUCAGUCUGCAUCAGGGCCACGCCCACAACUUCCUUUUAUUUCAAUUUCUCCAAUAACAUUGGAUUAUUAUUGCAAUGAUAGAAAACCAUGCUCGGGUUCCGUCGGCGUAUCCCGGAGUAUUAUUUAUGAUCGUUGUCAUGGUUACAUAGUAACACAAGUGUUCCCUUGAUCUAAGAUUUUGUGUAUUAAAAAAAACUCCACGUAUUAUUUCCUGCUGGCCGAUCGAGCGUUAUUCCUCGACUAAAUUGUAAUCAUUCUGUUCUGGUAAACAUUUAAAUCGACCCCUUUAGAAAAAACAGGUUCCAGGUUCCUCAAUGGUUCCUCAAGGGUUCCAUCUGGAUCACUUUCUGAUGAGGAAACAACCCCAAGAACUUUCUCUCUCUCUCUGUUACUCAUCUUUAGUCUGAUAUCAAUGUUGUCCCUGUUCAAUAUAUUGACACAUUACUGAUUAUCGGCGCCCACACACACACACACACACACACACACUCAGAGCUACAGACCUGGUUCUAUCUGUGGUUGGAGGAUUUUUAUUUGAGGAGAAUGAAAGCUGUGGUGUUUCUCAGAGGGACCAGCAUGAGCUUGAGCAGAUGGUGUUUUUUUUCUUUGUUGUUUUUUCCUGCAAGUCAUUUUAAUUGUAAAUGAUGAGUAUCAUUUUUUUUCUUGUUGAAGUUUUGGUUCUUUUUGUUUCAUGUUUUCUCUUUUAUUUUCCAUUUUGGGAAAAGGUCGUUACGUGUCGAAGCCCUGUGUGGGAUCUAAACUUUGAACACAAACCUGUCUGAGAUCGGGUCAGGACCGAGCGAUCGGUCACCGGAUCAGGAAUCAGUUCCCAAAUAAAACGAAUCAUUUCUCUUGUCUGUUUUGGACAGAACUGAUUUUGUGUGUGUGCUGAAUGUGUGGUGUUGUUGCUGCAUCACUCAUUUAUUUGCUAAACGAUGAUUUGAUCCGAUCUGCUUUAGUCCCCAUGAUUGAGACUGUGAUGGUAAGCGCGCACACACACACAUGCACACACACACACACACACGUUCAGGUGGAACACGAUUAAUACGUGAUUCUGGUUUUGUACUCGUUUGGACUCAUGGUGCCUUUUGGAUGUAGAAAAAAAAAGAAGCUGUUUGAGUUUCUUCUCGUUCCUCCAUUCUGUGUCUUUCAGAAUUAUAAAAUAAAAAGCGAAUCAAACCCA